ACUGUCUGUUGUAGACCGUAUGCGGUAGGAGUAGUUGUUCGACUGUCUCAUCGUAGACUCCUCUCAUAUGCCAACCACAGCCUUGCAGGGAGACAGUCAUUUCACUCUGGCAGUCAGUCAACAUUACCUGCUUACAAGUUCCCUCAUCCUUGGAUCUCAAUUUAAGAAGAGGGGGAAAAGAAAAAUGAAGCCUGGUUAAUUUAUUGGAGGUUAAACUUCACAUCUGUCAGGAAAGCUUCAUAAUCCAUGGAAAGUUUAGGAGCCGGAUUUUAGCUGUGAGUUGAUAAGAACAGUGAGUAAUGUUUUUUUAUUUCACGGUAAGAUUUUAAUCGUGAUUUACGUAACUAAUUGGCUUCGGAGGGAAUUGUCAUGUCGGUGUCAGACGGUGUCAGGAUAGCUCUUCAUUCUGUGAGGCUCUGUGAUGCUUGGUGCGCGGUGGAUACAGAAAAGAUUUUUGUUUUGUCUCCAGGAGAGGGUUGAUCUGACAAGUGAGAGAUGUACUCUGUAGAUUUUCUUGUGAUUUAAAUCUUGGAUGAUGCACUUAUAGAAAUUUGUUCAUCUUAUUUUUUUGUCAUGUGCGUUGCUGUGCUGCCGUGAGGAGGCUUUGACAUAUUGUGAAGGAGAGAGUAAUUCAGAAUAACAGUGGUAGCUGAUCACCACGAUCCGGGUAAAAAAAAAUAGUCAACACAUUCCCUUCAGUCACAGCUGUGGAUUCUGAACUACUGGACUCGCUGAUGAAUAUUGGUACACUGUGCUGGAACACAAUUGACUGACAUGUCCUUGAUGACUGCGUGCUGUCCAAUAGUUUUAUCCUGAGUGUGGCAGGCAGGGAACAUUUUGAACGCCAAGUCAAGGAGCAGCUUUAUCUAUAAUAAUAUACAGGACAUUUUUCAACUAGGAACCUUUCUGUUGGAUUUUAAUACUCAAAAGAUUUUGAGGAAAAAGUGUCGUCUAUCUGGUGACAAGCUGUCGAGUGGAUAUUGAAAUUAUUGAAAACACAACUAGAAAUCAAAAUGGUUGGCCCACAUGCAGAGUAAAAGCAAGAUGGACAGUUCUCACAACAUCUCCGGUCCUGUGGACUGGGAGAACAAUCCAGUGACUAUGAUCAUCACCAUUGCAGGAGCAGUGGUGGUCUUAUUAAUUUCCACUACAACAGUCUUCGGCAGCCUCCUGGUUAUUUUAGCAGUACAUAAAUUCAAGAGGCUUCAGAUACCGUCUAACUACAUCCUAGUCAACCUGGCUGCAGCAGAUAUAUCAGUUGCCGUCUUCAUACCCUUGCUGUAUGUCACUCUGUGGUUGAGACCGAACGUCUACCUGUGCAGCUUAGCUUACAGUCUGGUCAUCUUGGGGUGUGGUGUCUCUCUCCUGAGCCUGGGUGUGGUCGCUUACGACCGCUACGCCGCCCUAGUGAAACCGCUUAAGUAUUGCCAGCACAUUACCACCAAACGUGUGGUGGGAUUCUCAGCAGCGAUAUGGCUAUACGUCGCCGUUAUCGCUUUCGCGCCUAUUUGUUGGAACUACGUGGAGAGUAUCCUUGAUAGCGAACCGUUACAAGAUGCUGAGUGUAGUUUUAAACUUCUCAACCGCUACGUUGUGCUGUUUCAGCUCACCGCCACUUUCUUACCCGUUUUUCUUCUCAUGAUUGGAUGUUACUGCCGCGUUAUGCUGGUCGCUAGACACCACUCCCGUGCCAUAUCGGCCAUUCAACUCUCCCUCUUCCCGAACUCUUUCAACAAGAAUUUCCACAUGUUCAAGGGCAACAAAUACUCCCGAACAUUACUGAUCAUUCUGGGAUUCUUCUGCGUCACAUGGGUUAUAUUCACACUGACGUUACUCGUGGAGAAAUUCUGCACGAUCUGCGGUGAGGAUGUAGCACCUCUGCACAAAUACUCCAGCUUUCUCAUCUUUGCAAAUAGCUGUUUGAAUCCAUGGAUCUACGCUCACAGGAAUCAAGACUUUAAAUCAGCUUUCAAGCGUCUAGCCCGUGCCUUGUUCUGCAUGAAGAAGAGGCCUCGUUCGUCUAGUCAGAGCGGUGAGGGCCGGAGGAACUCCCGGUUCUCGGACGCCCUGAGUAGGACUAAUAGUAUGGUUGGAGGACUUCAACAUCUUCAUAUUUUAUAUGAUAACGCUGAUAUUGUACCAUCUACAGCGGUGGUUGAAAAGACACACGUUGCGCCUAAACUCAUACAGCAUGAUGUCGUUACUACACCGGUUGUCGAGAUGCACUUGGAAGCAGUGGCUGAUGUCAUUGUGUGAGGAUGUACUUUCAUUUCAAUGUGACGGAAACAUUUCAGCUUCUCCCCAAAACACAACAAGAUGGGUUUUGCUCAUUUACAAAAGCAAUGAUAACUUUUAUUACUAAAAAUGAAUUUACUCCACAUACAUUAAAGGCUCUGUAUAAGUUUUGUAUAUGACUGAAAUUUAUGGCAACAAAAACUUACCUGGGCCCAAUUUCAUAGAGCUACUUAAGCAAAAAAUGUUGCUUAAUCAAAAAAAAUCAUUGCCUAUAG